AUGCUCAAUUUCGAAUAUGACCAUAGAAGUAAAAGGGAGCUGCCUGCAGGAGAUGAGGACGAACGAAGCCAUACCUCGACGCGCCGAGCGCGCCGCUUCUCUUAUGAUGACUAUACGGUCGGCUGGAUCUGCGCACUUCCGCUGGAGAUGAAUGCCGCCAAAGCCAUGUUGGACGAAAAGCACAACAGUCUGCCCAACCCCAUCGACGAUGACAACGUGUACACGCUGGGGCAGAUGGGUUUUCACAACGUGGUUAUGACUUGUUUACCCUCAGGCAUAUAUGGCACAACCUCAGCAGCCCUAGUUGCAAACAAGAUGCAAUCCACUUUUAGAUCGAUCCGCUUCGGAUUGAUGGUUGGUAUCGGAGGUGGGGCACCCAGCAAAUUUGCAGACAUUCGCCUAGGUGAUAUCGUUGUUAGCAAGCCAACGGAGAAUUUUGGGGGAGUUGUGCCGUAUGAUUACGGCAAAGCCAUCCAGGAAGGCGUGUUCAAACGAACUGGCACUUUGAACAAACCACCACAGGCACUUCCAAAAGCAGUUUCAUCUUUACAAGCAGACAAGUUAAAGUCUAGUAAGAUUCUGGCUUACUUGUCCGAAGCCGCGGCUAAGGACCCAGAUAUGACGGAUGAAUUCACAUUCUCUGAUUGUCGAGAAGACUGGUUAUUCGAAGCUCAAUACGAACACAAUGACUCCGAGACAACCUGCAAUGGCUGCGAUAAAAGUAGGCUAGUAACUCGAUCUGCUCGAUCUACCAGAGACCCGGUCAUCCAUUAUGGGCUAAUCGCUUCAGGAAACCAAGUAAUGAAGCAUGCGAGUACCAGGGACCGGUUGGCCAGUGAGUAUGGCAUUCUUUGUUUCGAAAUGGAAGCUGCCGGUUUGAUGGACCAUUUCCCAUCUCUGGUUAUCCGCGGAGUCUGUGACUAUUCGGAUUCGCACAAAAGCAAGACGUGGCAAGCAUACGCUGCGGCAGUUGCCGCAGCAUAUGCCAAAAUAAUACUCUCUGUGGUCCCCGUUACUCAGAGUUCCAGAGCAGUUGCGACAACAAUUGCUAAACCGAGCGUAGACCUGGCAAAUUCCGAUUUUCCAGAAGGUAGAGGGACUCGAAAUCUCGCCAUAGACGAAGCAGCACGCAUGCAAAAGGCCAAUAUUUUGACUUGGCUAUCGACGUUCCACUAUCGACAGAAAUACACCGACCUCUGUAAACGACGAAUGAAGGAUACAGGACAAUGGCUACUCAAUAGUGACACUUUCCAACAAUGGUUGUCAAAGGGCCAGUCCCCGUAUCGUCCAGUAUGGUGCUGUGGCGAUCCAGGCACAGGCAAGUCGGUACUUGCAUCUUUAAUGAUUGACCAUAUUAUGGCUAUUUGUUCGAGCGCCGCUAGAAGCAAAGCCAUAGCGUACCAUUUCGUUGACCAUCUCGAUGAAGCCAGUGGAAACUGUCUUACUAUUUUACGGAGUAUUCUACACCAGCUCAGUGAACAACUUGAUCCACUGCCAAUGGUCAUCACGACAUUAUUUGAGGAUCUCUACAAGAAAGGAAAAGAGAUAGGGUUCGACGAGACGAAGCUUGCAAUUCGAGCAUGUAUCAACAUGCUCGAUCAAGUUUUCGUGGUUAUUGAUGCCCUCGACGAGGCCCCAGCUCAAGAACGAAGCAGCUUGCUGUCCACUAUCAAAGAAUUUUCCUCACAAUGUAAAAUCAUCGUCACAAGCCGCCCACACUUGGACGAUAUCUCUCGCACUUUCCACGACGAUCCCAGCAUUGAUGUCACAGCACAGGACAGCGAUCUCCAGCUCUAUCUUCGUUCUCGGAUGUCAUCUACCUGUCAUUCCUUCGUUGGAAAUGAGGAUUUCAUGGACCAGAUCAUUCACACGAUCAUAGAACAUGCACAUGGUUUGUUCCUCCUUGCUGUUCUACACAUCGACAAUGUACUGAACGAGCCAACCAUUGGGGACGCGCUUGUCGCCCUCUCCAGCAUUUCGAGCAAUCUUCAGUUGACGUUUCAGACCAUGUUGAAAAGAAUUGCAAACCAACAAAAUCAAAAUCGAGUCGGUCUCGCAACACGGGCGCUUGCAGUCUUAGCAUACGUCAAAAGACCUCUCCAAGCCAUUGAACUCUGUGAUAUUCUCUCAGUGAGACCAAACCAGACGCACUUGAAUAGUCUAUUUCGCCCGUCUUGUGCCACUGUCCUGGAUUGCUGCGGAGGAUUGGUGGUUUUGGACAAAAACACUUCAACCAUACAUCUUGUCCACUACACGCUACAGGAAUAUAUCCGAACCGACCCUUUUGGCCAGGAGAUUGCCCCUCCGACCACCGUUGCGAGAUUGUGUCUGGAAUACCUCGGGAUGGACGACUUUGCAUCUGGAUCAUUUGCAAAUGAACAAGAAAUCUUUACAUGUAUCAUGUCAUAUCCAUUCUACCCUUACGCGGCAAGGUGGUGGGGACAUCAUGUCAAUGGCGACAAAUCUCUAAUCGGUUCUACACUCGAUCUCCUGUGGUCCAGUCCCCAUCGAGCCACACUGGCACAGGUAUUUAUGUAUGAUGCCGGACUACGGGAAGAGUACUGGUGUGCAGAGGAAGCAAACAGCAACAAUCCAUUAACAGUAGCCGCUUGGUAUCACAUGCAUGAAGUCUCACGGAUCUUACUUGAUGAUGACUGUAUACCUGUGGACAGCGCCACAUCGCUGGGGACAACUGCACUGAUACGAUCGACAUCAGAGAAUGAUGUAACUCUGGCAAAGAUGCUCAUUGAGCGUGGUGCGGACCCAUAUGGGUGUAAUUGGUAUGGUUCGUCUCUUCACUGCGUUGCGGAAUCCGGCCAUUGUGAGGUGAUGGAAUACCUACUUAAUUUAGGGUUGGACGUCGAUUCGCGAGAUCACCAUGGCCGAACUCCACUACACUGUGCCGCUCAACGGGGUAGAUCCGGUGUUGUCAGAUUGCUGCUAGACAGAGGUGCUUCCAUCGAUGUUAUCAGCAACGCGGGCCUAACUCCGCUUGGGGAGGCAGUGCUGAGCCAACAAGAUUGCGAUUUUUGCUUCUUUCUUAUGGAACAGAUGGCAAUGGCUGGGACGGACGUUGGAUUAGUGGGACUGCUUGCUCUUUUGGACCCUGAUCAAGUUGAAGAUGUAUAA